AUGCCGACGGCGCUGCGGGAUGUGGGAGCCGCCCUCACCUGCCUCCAGCUCCUGGCGCUGCUCGGGGGCGCGGAGAUGUGGGAACGGGAUGAGAUGCGGCUGGAAGCCAUCAAAAAGGGGAUCCUGGAGCGCCUGGGGAUGCCGGCACCCCCCGUGAUCCGGCACCGCCUGGACCCUGAGAGCACCCGGCGAGCGCGGUUGCUAUACCGGCACCGAAUGGCCGAGCUGACGGGGAACCGGACCCGGGAGGAGGGAGCUGUGGCCGGGGCCACGCAUCUGCAUCUGUUGGAUGUCUCCCAGGGCCAUCAAGACCUCCGGGAAGAGCUGGACCCCCGCGGUCCUUACCGUUACCAACUCCUCCUCUCCCGCUCUGAGGUUUUCCACCGCCAGCUUCGCGUGGUGCAAGCAGAGCUGAAGCUCCUCAAGAUGUUACCGGCAUCCCCCGGUGUCCCCCUGCUCGAUGCCACAGUGCCCCUCCGGGUCAGCAUCUAUACAUUUGAGGGGGUAGACAGGACCCCCCAGCUCCUGCGUAACCAAGAGCUGGACUGCAACGCCCCUAGCCUGGACCUCACCGAGGCUGUGAAGCCCUGGGUUGCUGGCCCCGAGGCCACGCUGCGGCUGGAGCUGGCCUUCACGGCCAACGUCUCAGCCUUGUUGGCCACCACGAGGGGGCAGAACCUGGUCCUGGAGGUGAAAACUCAAGAGCCCGCGGGACGGGGAGCCCGGAGAGCCCGGAGAGUCCGGAGAGCCCGGAGAGCCCAGGGGCUGGAGGAGGAGUGCGGGAAGAGCGAUGGGAAGUGCUGCCUACGGUCACUGAAGGUCUCCUUCCAGGACAUCGGGUGGUCGGACUGGGUAAUCGCCCCCACCAGCUAUUCCAUGCGUUUCUGCGAGGGUUCCUGUCCCCACAACUACAAACCAGCCAGCAUGCAUGCCCAAAUCAAGGCCCGCUUGCACGCCCUCUCCAAAGCCACCCCCGCACCCUGCUGCGUCCCCGCCGCCUACGACCCCAUGCUCCUGAUGCACUACGAUGGCGAGGGCAGGCUGGUGUCCACCCUCUUUGAGGAUAUGCUGGUCACGCGUUGUCACUGCGCCUGA